AUGGAACAAGUCUUGGAUGACUUUCUAAAAAACGGCCCUGUUGAAGAUCCUUGGAACACCUUUGCCCCAGAAGCUAAGUUGGAUAGGUUGGAAUGUAUAGAGGAACGCAAAGAAGGGGAGCCACUUCAUGAGAAUGAACAAGAUGAUGUUCCAGAGAAUACACAUCACAAACAAACAGGUGGAAUUGCGCUUACUGUGAAGGCCCCACAAAUGUGCCCUGAUUUCCUUCGGAAAAGGUACAGAAACCUUAACUGGACACAAGCUCAGACAUUCUACUCAGUUUGUGACUGGUGCACUAACCAUGUGCGUGACCUAAAUCCUGACCCAUUCUAUUACUUUGUCACUGGUGGUGCUGGGACAGGCAAAUCACACCUGAUAAAGUGCAUCUAUGCUGAGGCGACAAAGAUACUCUGUAAACUUACCAGACUACGUGAGGAAGCAGACAUAUCCACGCCCAUCGUUUUACUAACUGCAUUUACAGGAACAGCAGCUUUCAACAUUUCAGGCAACACUUUGCAUUCUCUGCUGAAGUUGCCAAGAAGCUUGAAGCCACCCUACCAAGGACUUGGAAAUCACAUGUAUGAAGUGAGGGCACAGCUGUCAAAUGCGGAGAUCAUUGUUAUUGACGAGGUGUCAAUGAUGUUGCAGGGAGUUGUCUCCGCUGUGGGACUGUGCUAG